AUUAGAACAUGUAACUGAUUUGAGUGCAGAACGAACCGUGCCAACUUCUGAGAAUUGUGGUCAUAAUGCUGUAUGUAAUGUCUAUGAAUAUAAAGAACUACGAUUAACAGCAGGCGCACAAGCUGCUGACAUAAAAGAAUGCAUCGCUAGCCACGAAAAAGCAAUUGAAUGCGCACAAUUAGUGCACUGUAUUUAUACGGGAUCUCUCUUCGUUGGAGUAGGAUUGAAUGUAAUCACCAUAAGUAUUGCAGCAGUCCAAUUGGUAAGCAAGAUGUUUCGAUGGGCUGAAAUGAUGAUGUCUACUGCAUUUCUAAUUGGCGUCACGAUGAAUAUGUUCUUUUUAAGUUUGAUAGCGCAAUAUUUAUUGGAUCAUAGCUUAAAUAUUCAUGAAUCGGCAUAUUCAGGUGCUUGGUAUAAUAUGCCUGCUAAAAUACAAAAAGCUAUUGUAUUGAUCUUCAUAAGAAGUCGUUUACCGUGUCAGUUGACAGCUGGAAAAUUGUUUAUAAUGUCGUUGGAAAGUUUUUGCUCGAUAAUGCAGACUUCGAUGUCCUAUUUUACGGUAUUAGUAUCUUUUCGAUAAAUAUCUGCAGCAGUUUUGUUUGAAAUUAACGCACACUUUUUAUGUUUAGAAGAAAUA